CUAUAAUAUUCAAUUACUACACGCACCGCUUAAGUAGAAGUCAUAAGCACGAACGGCCCUUCUUGAAACUUGAAAGGACCCCAGAGAGGACUUUGUGUUUAUCUUGCGACGCGUUUUCAACUCGCAGCUUACAUAGGCGCGGUACGUUCAAGCUUGUACUAGGCAAACAGAAGAGCUAUGAGCGCGCCAGUGCCACCUGCUGCCCCAACUUCUGUGGGCUCGGCGCCUUCGCCUCCGCCUGGCGUCGGCGCUCUAAUGCUAAUCGCUGGUCGGCUGAAGGAGUAUGCUUCUGGCGUGGCAAGACAGGGCAAGCCGUGGGCUGAGGUAGUGGAUCGCAAUGCUUUCUCAAAGCCCGGCAACCUCGCGGAGGCCACGUCGCGUCUGCGCAAGAAUGCGAACUAUUUCAAGGUCAACUACUUGAUCGUCAUGUUGCUCUGCACGGCGUUCACGUUUGUGCUGCACCCUUCGUCGCUGCUGGUGCUGGCGCUGCUGGCGGGCAGCUGGAUCUACGUGUUCUUGAUGCGGACAACGCCCCUCGUCAUCAGCGGGCGGACAUUGAGCGAGCGGGAAAAGCUGAUUGGUAUGUCGGCCAUUUCCUUCAUCACCAUCUUCUUCCUCACAAGUGUGGGCACCGUUUUCUUCUCGGCGCUCAGCAUUAGCAUCGCGCUGAUUGCGCUACACGGCGCCUUCCGCGAGCCCGACAACCUGUUCAUUGAUGAGGGCGAGACGCAACAGGGCUUCAUGAACAUAUUUGCGGUGCCCGCGGUGCCCGCCACCGUUUCCACGGCAGUAUAAGCAGCAGCAAACGCGGGCGGACACAGCAGCAGCCAGGAGCCAGGAGCAGUGCGGCCACGCUUUUGCCAGAGGACGAUGUGUAAGCCGGCGGCUAGGUAGCUACUGGCGCGAUGCAUUGCUGUGGUGGAGUUGAAUACGGCGGCGCUUGUGCUGAUGCUUAAUUUGGACAACGACUUCGAGGCGGGCGCCGUAUUCGCCGGCUGCUAUUAGUAUGGUCAGGCUGGGGGUUAGGGGCAGCGCAGGAGGGAGAGGGCGAGCUUAGCUUGCUGGCUGGAGCUUGUGGACCUGUGUUAGGCAGGAUACGCUGUAUGACGAGUGCAAGACUGUGGUUGUUGCGCCGCCAACGCGGUAUGAUACUUUAGAACGGGCAGAUUCAGGACCUGCGGCCCCGUCUAGUCUGGUGAGGAAGCGAUUUACGUGUGCUUCUAGCGAGGGGAGCUUCAAUGGCAUGACUGGAACGGAGCAGUUGCAGGGGUGACUGGAUAACGACGCCGUCGGUGCUGGAACUGGUGGAGUCUCUAAUGAGACGCCGCCAGCGCUGAGGCAGGUGGACGCUGUAAGGGGACUGUCAUCUGCUGACCAUGGGUGCUUGCUGGUCUGGGGUCCGCCCAGCAUCGGAAUGUUAAAAGCGAUGCAAACAAGAGGGUGUGUGUUCUAGCUGAUCCCUAGCUGAACAGGUUUCCGCGUGAGGUUCCGCUCUGUGGCGCAUGCAAUAUAGCACCUAGUCAAAAGAUGACACCGUCAACCAGCAUGUUGGCAAGCGUGGGGAAGGUGACUGUUGAAUAACGUGCCGCUGUAUGUAUUUAUACUGAUGUGCUGAGGCUGAGAGGCUCCAGACGGAGGGAAUGCCCUAUGCAUAAUGCACGUUUUCCUUGAACGUGACUUGCAGGCCGCGUCGCGUCUGCGCAAGGAUGGGAACUAU